AUGACAUCUCCAGUUCCCACGCCUCUGCCGGUUCUUCUGGCUUCUACGCCCCAGCCGGCUUGUCCAGCGCCCGUGCCUCGGCAGGCCCGUCAGGCUCGCUCAGUUGUGUUCCAGGCUCUGGGGUAUCAGCCCCCGCUCUUCCCCGAGCAGGAGGAGGUCGGCAUACCUUCUGGCCAGAUGUUUGUCCGUCGCUGUCGUCGUACCUGGAGGAGAGCCCGGUCGGCCCUCCUCAAGACCACCUCCAGGUAUCGACGACAAGCGGAUCGCCAUCAGACCCCGGUAUCGUCUUGGGCAGAAGCCUCACUAAUUGAUGGGAAGCCCAGCCAUAGAACAGAGAAGCCCAGGAGCUCCAAACCCGUGGUAGGAGCUGACUUACCUGAUCCGGAUAACACUGAUGACAUUCUCCUCCCUGGUGGCAGUGGGCAGUGCUCGGUGAAUGGGAUGUUCCUGUUUGACAGGGCCAUGUGGUCGCCUCAGCCCUGCUCUGUGUGCCAGUGUCAGAGGGGAACUGUCAGCUGUCACCCUGUCCCUUGCGGCGGUUCAAAUAACCAGCAGACAGUGGCUCCCAAAGCCAAGAGACCCUCCCCUAAUGCAGAGAAGAAAGAGGGGAUUCCAAAGCAGAAGAAGAGUCUCCAAAGGACAUCAGAAGAAGGAGGAGCAGGACGUCAGAAGAAGGAGGAGCGGCAUGUUAGUCCAGUGAAAGUGGUUGCUGUUGUGAAAUCCGUGGCCACCCAGAACAAAAAACAAGAAGUAGCAGUGAAGAAACAGGAAGUGGCUGUGAAGAAACAAAAAGUGUCUGUGAAGAAACAGGAAAUGGUUGUGAAAACAAAAGUAAGGAAGACCGAGGUCCCUGUGGCCAAGAGGCGUGACCCGAAGAUAAGCAAAGACAGCCUUCCAUACCUUCCCUACGAUGAUGACGAUCACGAUGACCAUGACCACAGCGAGCAUGACGACAAUGACGACGAUGAUGAUUAUAUCAUCAGGGCCACCGGAAAACCCACCAUGAGGUUGGCACCAAUGGGGAGACCAGUCACCAUGGCGACUGGCCGACUGGCUACUACCACCACUAGGAGACCCAUAGUGAGGGGGCCGGGACGUGCUGUGGUCACAUUCCCCAGGAGACACAGCAUCAUGGAGUCUCUCCCUGCUGGCUGCCUGCUCUCGGAGUCUCUGAUCGCCUGUGGCAGUACUGGCAUGGUCCACAUCCCCAUCCUCUCAGACCAGGGGGUCAAGACCCUCUAUCUGGCAGACAAUAAGAUCAAUAAGAUCCCUCCCCGGGCGCUGGCUGGGCUGCCCAACCUGGAGUGGCUGGACCUGAGCAAGAACAAGCUGGACGACUCCUCCAUCAGCCCUGACCUGUUCCAGAACCUGACCCAGCUGAGGAGGUUGAAUUUAGAUGGCAACAAUCUGACCAAAGUCCCCUUGAUUCUCCCGCCGUCCCUGGUGGAGCUUAAGAUCAAUGACAACAAGAUCCUGGGCCUCACACCUAACAGCUUUAAAGGUUUGUCCAAAUUGCUGACACUUGAGCUUGAGGACAACCACUUCCACGAUGGGAAUGUGUCACCUUUGACCUUCCGGCCCCUCAAGAAACUCAUCUAUCUGCGACUGGAGGACAAUAAGUUCCGGGCCAUCCCCUCUGGGCUUCCUGUGACCCUGCAGGCACUUCACCUGUCUGAUAACAGAAUAGAAGAGGUGCAUGAGGGGAUCCUCAACAAGACCGUCAACCUCAGGUUUCUGGAUCUCAGUCAUAAUAGGAUCCGGGAGGACCGCAUAGCCCCAAGGGCCUGGAUACACCUGUUAAAGUUGGAGUCGUUGGACCUGUCGCACAAUAAGCUGGUGCAUGUUCCCUCCUUCCUCCCUGUGGGUCUACAGCAGCUCCACCUGCACCACAACCAGAUUGAGCGGAUCCCUGGCUACGUGUUUGGCCACAUUAAACCGGGACUGGACCUCCUUCACCUGUCCCACAACAGGCUGGCCAACGACGGCAUUGAUGAUGUGUCCUUCCUAGGCCUGUACAACUCCCUGACUGAACUCCUGCUGGACCACAACCAGCUUCGCUCCAUCCCCAGGGGGCUACUGAAGCUCAAGAGCCUGCAGCUCCUCCGCCUCAACCACAACGUUAUCAGAUACGUUCCUCUGAACUCUCUGUGUGACAUGCGCCAGAGUGACGACUCGCCCCUAGUCUCCGUUCACCUGGAGUACAACCUGAUUGACAGGCGUCUCAUCCCGCCCACCGCCCUAUCCUGCAUCAAGACCUACCACAGCAUCAUACUACGGCCCCAGAGUAACGAGGAAGAUUACCACCAUGAAGAUUACUAGUACCCCCCCUUCCUCACUUCCCUCCUUCCUUUUCACCCCCCCCCCCCGUCAGUUUGUCAUGGGUUACACCUUGUCUGCGUUUCUCAUUACAUAAUUUCCUUUGAGUCCGUCUCUUAUUGUAUUUAGCUUAGUCAGACUUAUGACACCCAAGCGUUAUGCAACAGAUGAAAUUAGAUUUCUAUCCUAAGUCUGACCAUAAUUCUAGGGCAAUGUUUAUGCAACCAGCCCUUUGUCAGUGGGCUUCAUUAUCACAAUGAAUGAGAACGAUUGUGUGUUUUUUUUCCUGUUUUAAAGCCUCACGCGUUUCUGGGUUUUACUUGUGACUUUGACCUUGCUUGAUACAGUAGCAUGUAUUGAAAUAAAAAAUAAUGUGUGGUUACCAAGGGAAACCCAGGUAGCUACUUGACAGUAGUGAGAGCCAAAGAUGUCCAGGUGCCCUCUAUACUAAACUCACUUUUUUUUUGUACAACUGUUUCAACUUUGUGACAAACUUGUGUAAUGAAAAAUUGUGAAAAUAAAAACAUCUU